AUGCGAGGGAAAUACUUUCUCCUCGGCUUCUUGUUGCUCAAACUUAUGGCUCUCGUUUGCAAGGCUGACGGAGAGCCGGGGCUGCUCGGGGGGUUCGUGAUGAUCGCCACCUCCAAUGGCUCCAGGGAGGAGGAGAGCGUGUCCGAGGAGACCCCGCACACGGAGGACAGGUGUCGGGGCUACUACGACGUGAUGGGCCAGUGGGACCCGCCGUUCAUCUGCAAAACGGGCAAUUACCUGUACUGCUGCGGCACCUGUGGCUUCCGCUUCUGCUGCUCCUACAAGCACUCCCGGCUCGACCAGAGCACCUGUAAGAACUACGACACCCCGGUGUGGAUGAAGACCGGACAGACGCCCUACAAGAAGAUGAACAAGUUGCACGACAGCACCAAAGACAAGACCAACUUGAUUGUUUACAUCAUAUGUGGAGUAGUGGCCAUCAUGGCUCUGGUGGGGAUUUUCACCAAACUGGGGCUGGAGAAGGCGCACCGGCCUCAGAGAGAGAACAUGUACAGGGCCGUCGCCAACGUGCUGCAGGGCGGGUGUCCAGGUGAGCAGUAUCGCGGGGAGGAGGCCCUUGGGAUGCAUUCCCAGCACUACGUUUCCAGGGCCACAAACCUCCAAGGUGGACAGAUCAACAACAACGUGGGACAGGGCUCAAACAUGGGCCAGCAGCACCCUUACCCUGCCCUCAACCAGCUGGCACACGUCUACGAACAGCAGCAGCAGCAACAACAACAACAACAACACCAGCAGCAGCAGCAGCACCAACAGCAACAACAAAACAAGGAUCUCAACAAGUACGCCUCCCUGAAGGCUGUGGCUGCCAAGUACAACGGUGAAGUCUACAACAAGCGUCGGCUGAUGGUGGAGCUGCCAACGAAAGGCGGGCUUCCUCUCCAGCCGAUGGGCAACUCCAGACCCUCCAUGGGCAACAUGUCAUCAAUGACCCCUCCGAUGACCACCAACCCCAUGGCCUCAAACCAAAUGGCCUCCAACCACAUGAACCCCAGCCUCACCCAGAUGACCUCCAUGACCCAGAUGACAUCUAUGAUGCCUAUGACCUCUAUGACGCCCAUGACUUCCCUCGCCCAGAUGACCUCCAUGACCCCUAUGACCUCCAUGACCCCCAUGACCUCCCUGGGUCAACUGACUCCGGAGCCGGUGGCCACCUAUGUCACUGAGAUGCCCAGCAUCUCUUCCGUCUCAACCCUCCCGACAGAACGGCACAUAGCCGGUGUCGGAGGAGGAGGAGGGGGACUCAAACUGAAUGGCCAGAAACUCAAAAGCAGCCAUGGUCACCUGGGCCACAGCUCUCACAGCUCUCACAAUCACAGUCAUGGUCAUGGCCACAGUAGCAAGCCGCCAGGACUCGGGGCUACCUCCCUGGCACACAUGGCAGGGACCAUGCCAGGUGGCACGUCCCUGGGUAUCUCGAGAGCCGCCGAGACAGCCAUGGCUACAAUGGGCCACAGUUCAGCAACAAUGGGCCGCCCAAUGGCGUACAGUUCCAACACAAUCGCAGCUGGGCAUUCGAUGGGGCUGGGGCUGAAGGCCUGGGACGGGACUGAGACGGUGGGUCGGAGGAAGACCCACGGGCACAAGAGGCCUCAGUGUACGGUGCUCGAGCCCAACCAGCUCCACAGCACCAGAGGCCACAGCCACAGCCAGCACUUCCUCCCCACACAGCCCUACUUUGUGACCAACAGCAAGACAGAGGUGACUGUGUGA